AUGAACCAUAAAAUUCAAACCCUUGCUGCGUCUCUCGAUAAUCUUUCUACAAACCUUCGCUCGAUUCCACUCGAUGUGAUUGAGAAACAAGGAGAGUUCGUAGAUGGUUUGCGGAAAAACGCAUUAGAUCAGCUCCGAUCCGGCUUCAUCCCUUCUUCGACGUCGGAUCUGAAGGAAUUCUCGCAGGAUGCUUACCUUAUCCUCCAAUCAGUCGAAAAGGCCCUUGCGCGCGCGCGUUGUGUCCUCGAAACACUCACGGAAGGAGAAAAUAUGACUGGAGAGGCGGUUAGCUGCUCACAAACCCUCAUAUACUCCCCCAUCCGCAAUCUUCCUCCAGAAAUCUUAUUGAAGGUGUUUAAUUUCUACAUCUUUCCUUCUCGGAAUUCCCGUCGAGAUGAAAAUGCAUUGAGUCUGGCGUGGGAUCACGAUGACCAGUGGCACUGUCAGAUUUCAUGCCCAACUAUGAGGCUUAGCUGGGUGUGCUCUUACUGGCAUCAAAUUUUGCUAUCGCAACCCACUUUCUGGUCCUCAUUGUACCUUGGCCCCGUUGCUGAGGACUCACAAGCUGAGGACCAGAUUAACAAGUUCAUGAAAAUUGCUCCACAAUAUAUAUCUCGCUCAAGAGAUGAGCUGCUCAAGUUUCUCAUCGUGGAUUUUAGUUAUUCUUACUAUUCAGAAAUAGUACUACUCCUCGACGUACUACUUGACCAUCGUGUCCAAUGGCAUCAUGUGGUUCUGGGCAUUGAACUUCAAAAUUGGUAUCCACAAGCUCAUAAGAGACUCGGCUUUCUCAAUAUUGGGAAUGUAGCUCCCGAUGACCUCCAAGUGUCAUUUCCAAAUCUUGUUCACCUAGAAACACAUUUAUCACCGCUAUCAUAUUUCUGA